CCACGGCCAUCUGCUCGUCCAUCUGUUUGGAUUCACUUAAGAAAUUUUUGGUAAAUCUUGACAAUCUUCUAGAAAAAUGUAUCGAUUUCUUCGCCAAAUGGAUAUUUGAAAUAGUUGUUUGAAUCACAAGUAAUCGAUUUCAAGACAGCUGGUGCAGCUGUUCAAGAAUAAUAAAUCUGCACCGUUCCAUCUGCUUUUUGAACACAGUACUGUUCAUGGGAUCCCCAUAGAUGCAGAUGGAGACCAAUGCGAUGAAGGAAUUCAUUGUAGUUCGCAAAAAUUCCAAUCCAUCAUAUCAAUCUAAAUAACACUAAUAUUUGUCGCAAUGAUCGAGUAAGGCAGACGCAACUGCAACCUUUUCACGAGACUACUUCGCGGGCUAAUCGAAAAAAAUUGUUUAUGCUCAUCAUAUGCUUCCAAAGAAAGAGAUUAAAAUAAUACAGCACAUCUCACCGCAGUACAUGAUGACGAACUCAUCUAUCCGAACGAGAUCACGUUCGAACAUUUUCGUCAAUUCCUUCACGUGGAACAAUAAACGGAUCAUUAGGUCAGAGAACGCUAUGAAGAACUACAAAAGGCAUGACGGCAAGAUUCAUAGGAAGCAUCGGCUACAAUCUAUUCCUAGCAUGGAAGGUCUUGUUCUCAGAACCGCCAAGGUCGAUAUAUCGACUAACGAAUGCGACGAAAACAAAGCACCUGGUGGAGGCUUGAUCAAUCAGGAUGAGAAAGAUGUUUUUUUCUUGGCAUCGCCGUCUUCUUUGUUGAUUCCGCCUUGCAACCCAACGCGUUCGCUACCGGAGCUUCCAUACAAAAGGCAACAACGAAGCCAAUUUCAAUACGAGGACAAAGUCUAUAUCCCAAAAUUCGAUCCAUCAUUGCUACAGUUUCCAAUUCUACCGUCGCCUCCGCCAUCACCCUCGAAGUCAAGGGCAGCGGGAUCGAAAUACUCGAAGAAGAAGCAAGUGGGUAAACGAUAUAGCGCACCGAAACACAACAAGCCAUGGGAUCCGUCCCAUAUCCCAAUACCAUCCGGCAUCCGCCUGCUUCCAAAGACUCGUUUCGUUUUGCCCCGCGACAACUGCUAGAAGUGAACAAAAGCAUCGUUUUUCCCCUCGUUCCCCGCAUACUUUUCAAACCAACCCACGAACAGAACACGAAGUGUACAUUUCCCUUUCAUUCAUCCACUACAGUCAAUACACACUGGACGAAAAACAUCUUUUUGGUUCCCAACGAACAUGAACUCUGCUACUACUAAAUACGGUGAUCCGCUUUUAUAAACACCGAUACAACCC